GGAGAUCCGAAACAAACAACAACUUGCAUUCGCCUCGUUCUGGACCCACGGUGUCGUCAUAGCAACCAAGAUGGCGGCGGACGCGCAGGUACAGCACCUCCAGGUGUACGGACUCUUGCAGGAUGAGACUUUCCACGUCGCCAAAGCUUGCGCCGAGACUCUGCACCAAAAGAUGCCAGAGAAGUUCUCAGCUCCGGACAUCAAACCUAUGGUGGAGUUUGAAUGGGAGGAAUAUCUGCAGGCCAAGAGGAAGGAACUGAAAGGUGAGAUGUGGGCGUUCCAAGAAAAGAUCAUCUCCUUUGCGAACGGUCAGAUGCUCGGUGGACACCAGGAACUCAUCAAGUGGGCGCAGGAUAACCACGAGUACCAGGACUUCAGACCGCCCGCGCUGUACCUGGCUCUGGCUGAGGAGGCCUACAAAAACAGGCUCAGCAAUGGGAGAACGUUUGCGUACCUGGACAUUUCUAUUGGAGGUGAGGCAGCGGGGAGGUUACUGUUUGAGCUGUACACAGACAAGGUACCAAAGACAUGUGAAAACUUCCGGGCUCUCUGCACGGGGGAGAAAGGUCGCUCCAAGGACUCCAACAUCGACCUCCACUACAAGGGGUCCAUCUUCCACAGAGCAGUCAGGAAUGGAUGGAUACAGGGGGGAGAUAUACCAAAUGGAAGAGGGGAUGCUGGAGAAUCCAUUUAUGGACCUGUUUUUGAAGACGAGAACUUUGCGGUUCCCCAUGACAGACGGGGAGUCCUGGGGAUGGCGAACCAGGGCCGUCACACCAACGGGUCACAGUUCUACAUCACCAUGCAGCCAACUGCAUGGAUGAACACCAAAUAUGUGGCCUUUGGACAGCUGAUAGAGGGCACGGCCCUCCUGCAGAGGUUAGAGGACCAGGCAACGUACAACGAGCGCCCGAAGGCGGACUGCAGGGUGGAAGACUGCGGCGUGCUGCAGCCGGACGACGUGUUGGCGCAGGCCCCUGCUGUCAACGGGCAUUAGUGUGCUUGAUUCUGGACAGCUAUAUCUUCAAUUGAAGGCUCUUAUAGUACAGUAAAGAUACUAGUACUCUCCGAGCAGAAGUUAGACUCCAGCUUGUUUUUGGCGUCUUUCUAUGCAUAUUUGUUGGGCUUUCUAUUUUGUAAUGUAUUCUUUUUUUUCAUCUGUCAGCUUUGGCAACAAAAAUGAGAAAGCCACAAAUGCCUAAAAAGCUGCUAAAAAACUUUCUUAACUAGCUAGUCCAUUGACCUCCAGGUUUUUGGGAGAGCUGUCUACAGGCUUGUCUCUCUCCUGCUAUAGUCUUUCAAACACUCAUUUUUAGGGACAUCCAAUCUGCAAUGUUGUCCUGUCAAAAAACAGACUGAGCCUUACCUCUGCUUGGAGAGUAGGGUAAUGAUAUACUGUAGAGAAAGCUUUCUGCACAUUUGACUGGUUUGAGGGUAUUGACUUCCAUAAGGAACAAUAAAAACUAGUUCUUAUUGAUAGAGAAUUUAAGUCACAUGUAAUAAAGUGUACAGAGUGUGCCAGAGAUUUUUCAGGCAAUUCAGAAUUAACUUCACCCCAAAGUAAAAAUAUUUAGGUGUGGUAGAGGUAUGAUGUAAAGUUUCCCUAUUAUGUGUUUCUUUUAAAUGCUCUGAAGGAUUUUGUCUUUUGUGUGUACUGGCUGAGUAUGGAGGUUAUAGAGCAUCUAAAAUGUAUGUGAUUAUCCAGGGGGCUCUUAGAAAAUAAAAAAAAAUGCUAUGUUUCUGUUGUACAGAAUAUGACCAUGUAUUCCUGUGAAUUCUAUUGCUGCAUACAAAUCUAUGGGAAUGUAAAAAAGAAACACAAUAUUAAAGUAAGGAAUUCUGA